AUGGAGACUUUCUCUCUGAGCUCCUCCUCCAUCACAGUUACGUCUAGAAAUGUCGUGAAAACGGUGAAUAACUGCAGAGUUAAGAGCAGCAUGAUGAUAUGUUGCCAAAAAAGUGACCAUGUAGUUAAUUCUAGUGGGAUAUCGUCUGUUUUGACAGAGAAAUCUACGGCUUUGAUCGGCCCGGCAUUGAUGGAGACCAGCAGUUUGCUUUUGAGCCCCAACGGUAAGGAUUUGGUGUCGAUGAGUGACGAUGGCAUCGGCAUUGUCAAGUUCCUCAGAGGCAGAACAUUUCUCAUCACUGGCGCUACUGGAUUUUUAGGAAAAGUUCUGAUAGAGAAAAUACUGCGGACAGCUCCCGAUGUACAGAAGAUAUUCGUCUUGAUUAAGCCCAAGAACGAAGAAACUGCUGCCGAUAGACUGAAAAACGAAAUCAUCAAUGCCGAGCUAUUCAAGCAGCUGAAGCAAAUUCAUGGAAAAUCAUAUCAAACAUUCAUGCUGAGUAAGCUGGUUCCUGUUGUUGGCAAUGUCUGUGAAACCAAUCUUGGGCUGGAUGAAGAUGCGUAUACUUUGAUGGCCAAAGAGGUCGAUGUAAUCAUAAAUUCGGCAGCCAAUACCACUUUUGACGAGAGGUACGAUACGGCCCUGGAUAUAAACACGGGCGGACCCACUCGCCUCAUGAGCUUUGCAAAACAAUGCCUUAAGCUGAAGCUCUUUUUACAAGUAUCAACAGGCAAGCUAUCAGCUUACGUGAAUGGACAAAGGCAAGGUAGGAUUAUGGAGAAGCACUUCAGCAUGGGUGAAAGCAUAGCAAGUGAGACUGUUGUUUAUAAGAACAAGCAGCAGCUACACCUCCACAAAUUGAGCAUCGAGGAAGAAAUCCAGAAAGUUCUGGAGUCCAAACGAGGUCUCGAUGAUAAUGAACUGCUUCAGAAGAUGAAAGAAUUAGGAUUGCAGAGGGCAAAGAAAUUCGGCUGGCAAGACACGUACGUUUUUACGAAGGCUAUGGGUGAAAUGAUGUUAGACAAUCUAAAAGGGGACAUACCUGUGGUUGUAAUCAGGCCAAGUGUUAUCGAGAGCACUUACAACGAACCAUUCCCUGGAUGGAUGGAAGGAAACAGGAUGAUGGAUCCAAUCAUUCUGCAAUAUGGCAAGGGCCAGCUGACUGGAUUUCUCGUCGACCCUGAUGGAGUUCUUGAUGUAGUCCCAGCAGACAUGGUCGUGAACGCAACGUUGGCAGCCAUGGCAAAGCACGGGUGGACCGGAAAGCCAGAACACAGCAUCUACCAGGUGGCCUCAUCCGUUGUUAACCCGUUAGUUUUCAGGGACUUGGCCAAAUUGGUGUACGAACACUUUAGCUCCUCCCCUUUUAUAGACUCAACGGGCAGUCCAGUUUGUGUCCCCAAGAUGAAGCUUUUUAACUCCAUGGACGAAUUCUCGUCUCACCUGUGGAGGCACACCAUCAAUCGAACUGGAUUAGGAGCUUUAACCGACGUUGAUGGAAAACUGUCUCUGAAGCUCGAACCCAUCUGCAGAAAAUCAGUGGAACAAGCCAAGUACCUGGCCAAUAUCUACCAGUCCUAUACUUUCUAUGGAGGAAGGUUUGACAACAGCAACACAGAGAGAUUGAUGGGAUUCAUGUCGAAAGAAGAAAGACAGCAGUUUGGAUUUGAGGUCGAGAAAAUAGACUGGAAAGAUUAUAUCACUAAUGUCCACAUUCCAGGUUUGAGGAGGCAUGUGAUGAAGGGACGGGGCCUGAGCAGAUAG